AUGUAUUUGAAGGGUCCAUCCGAUGUCGCAAUUCUGUGUCGAGUGGAGGUGAUUGCACGUGACGACCUUCCUGAAGCAGUCGGAGCCAAAAGCCUUUCUCGAUUAGCAAGAACCAUGAGUCAGACGCCAGCUUACAACAACAACGCUGAUGUCGGUGGGAAUGUCAUCAAUCCACCAAGAAUCGCAGAUUUAGAGUAUCUCUGUGCUGAUUGUGGCGCACGAACGGAGAUUCGGCCGCGAGAGCCCAUUCGUUGCAGAGAAUGUGGGCACCGCAUCAUGUACAAGAAGCGGACAAAACGAAUGGUGCAGUUUGAGGCCCGAUAGCCAGCUUCUGAUGGCUUCGGGUCUUUUUCCUGCCACCGGGGCUUGCGUCAGGUUCUCAUGGCCCAAAAGUCUAUGAUUAUCAAAAUACUUGCGACUACAUGUACAUUAUAUAAUUAAAGUGUCCGGAGUCACCAUCUUCGUACAUGCAUAAGCGCACAUAAUUUGGGGAGUCUUAGAACACAAGC